AGGGCUGCACCCCUGUGGCCACCAGGGCAACCUAAACCCCAGACUUUUUACACUAAAUGGAUGAGCUCUGGGCAGGGCUCUACAUCAUUUCAGCAUCAUGAUUUCAAAGAUGUUACAAAGUUUGUUUACCUUAGUGUUGCAGGUUGCAUAGAGACAGUGAAGCCAUUUUUUAAAUUACCGGCUGUCUUACCUCAUGCUUAAAAUAUAGUUGGAAGAAGAGUUUAUGACCUGAAAUUUGCGUAACCACCUUUGUUUCGUUAAAAAAGAAGUUUGUCUGCCUCACUCCUUCAACGUGCUGCGUGGGUAGACAGCCUCUUUCUUGGAGCUCCCUCCCUCCUCCGGCUGAAACUAAGCCAUGCCCAGAUAAAUCACUCCCACAGACUGGUAACCUACACACUGGGGCCGCAGACUGCAGAGGAGCGGACUGAUCGGGAGGGAGGUUGGACAUAAGAAUUGCACUGGAACCGACGUCUCUCCGUCUCCGGUGAAAUAAACUUUGCACACGGAGCACCUGUGACCACAUUCUGCAACAGCCGAGUGGCUCGUAUUCAACAGCAUGUCCGGCAGCACCAUAGCCAGGGUGCUUGUUGCGCUCUGUCUCGGGAGCGCAGUGCACUGCAUGCCCAAAGAGACGCACAGGAAUCGGCGACAAGCGCAGCAGCAUCACGUCCCCUCAGUGUCUCAGGACGGUUGUUUAGAGAAUGGCCACCUCUAUGCUGUUAAUGAUCAGUGGGAACGGCCAUAUCUGGGCAGCAUUCUGGUCUGUACCUGCCAUGGAGUCGCUGGCAUCAAGUGCAAGAGCAAACCUGAGGAGGAAAGGUGCUUCGAUAAGAUCAACCAGCAGUCCUACACUGUGGGAGAGACCUACGAGAGGCCCAAGGACGGCAUGAUCUGGGACUGUACCUGCAUCGGAUCGGGGAGGGGAAAGAUCAGCUGCACCAUUGGCAAUCGCUGUCAUGAGGGCGGGGCCUCAUAUAAGAUAGGUGACACCUGGAGGAGACCCCAUGAGACAGGAGGCUACAUGCUGGAGUGUGUCUGUCUGGGUAACGGCAAGGGAGAGUGGACGUGCAAACCCGUCGCUGAGCGUUGCUAUGACAACUCGGCGGGAACAUCCUAUGUUGUUGGGGAGACGUGGGAGAAGCCGUACCAGGGGUGGAUGGUGGUGGACUGCACCUGUAUGGGGGAGGGAAGUGGACGCAUCACAUGCACCUCCAGAAAUCGCUGUAACGACCAGGAUACUCUGUCCUCCUACCGUAUUGGAGAUACUUGGACCAAAACAGACGCCCAGGGCCACCUGCUCCAGUGUCUGUGCACAGGAAAUGGCCGAGGGGAGUGGAAGUGCGAGCGACAUGCUUCCCUCCACACCACAGGCCUGGGCACUGGCUCCCGUGUGAUCACUAACAUCCAGCCUGCAGUCUACCAUCCGGUGCCUGAGCUUCCCCAGGAGGGUCCCUGUCGGACAGAUACAGGACUGACCUACUUUAUCGGCCAGCGCUGGAUGAAGAACCAGGGAACCAAGCAGAUGAUCUGCACUUGUCUUGGCUCUGGUGUCAGCUGUGAACAGUGGGAUGGACCAGCUCCAGUCUACGGUGGCAACUCUGGGGGUCAACCCUGUGUGUUUCCCUUCGUCUACAAGGGGAAAACCUACCACUCAUGUAUCUCUGAAGGACGCAGUGACGGACAGCUCUGGUGUUCCACCUCCUCUGACUUUGAGACAGACCAGAAAUAUUCUUUCUGUACAGAGAAGAAUGCAAUUGUAGCAACACGAGGCGGUAAUUCUAACGGUGCUAUAUGCCAGUUCCCCUUCAUCUUUAAUGGGCGAAACUACACCGACUGUACUGCAGAGGGACGCAGAGACGGCAUGAAGUGGUGUGGCACCACAACAAACUAUGACGCAGAACAACGAUUCGGGUUCUGUCCCAUGGCUGCCCACGAAGAAGUGUGCACGACCAGCGAAGGGGUAAUGUACCGCGUGGGAGACCAGUGGGACAAACGGCACGAUGUUCUGGGUCACAUGAUGAGGUGUACCUGCAUUGGCAAUGGCCGCGGGGAAUGGAGUUGUGUCGCUUACUCCCAGCUUAAAGACCAGUGUAUUGUGGAUGGUCUGACCUAUGAGGUGAACCAAACCUUCACCAAACAACACGAGGAAGGCUACAUGAUGAACUGCACCUGCUUUGGACAGGGGCGAGGCCGCUGGAAGUGUGAUGCCAUCGACCAGUGCCAGGAACCAGAGACGAGAGCUUUCUAUCAGAUCGGAGAGUCUUGGGAUAAAAUCAUCCAUGGUAUCAUGUACAAGUGCUAUUGCUAUGGCAACGGCAUUGGAGAGCUCAGCUGCGAGCCCCAGCAGUCCUACCCUGGUGGUCACCGUCCUGUCCAGGUCAUCAUUACAGAAUCUGGAAACCAACCCAACUCCCACCCCAUUCAGUGGAAUGCCCCACAGUCUGCUCACAUAACCCAGUACAUCCUCAAAUGGAAAGUGAAAAAUACCCAAAACCCAUGGAGAGAGGUGGUAAUCCCUGGCCAUCUUAACUCCUACACCAUCUCUGGUCUGAGGCCCGGCAUCACAUACGAAGGUCAGCUGAUCAGCGUGCUGCGGUUUGGACGCCGGGAGGUUACCCGCUUCGACUUUACCACCACUUAUGGAUCACUGGCUACAUCACAAGGCGAGACCACCCAGCCUCCACCCGUGGUUGACACCUCAGAGUCAGUCACUGAAAUUACCUCCAGCAGCUUUGUCAUCUCCUGGGUUUCAGCCUCCGACACUGUUUCUGGCUUCAGAGUAGAGUAUGAGCUCACUGAGCAGGGACAGGGCACUGGACAGCCCAUUGUGCUAGACUUGCCUCGAACAACUACCUCAGUGAACAUUAAUGAGCUUCUACCUGGGAGGAGGUACACUGUUAACGUCUAUGAAGUUACAGAUGCUGGAGAGGACAACCUCAUUCUUACUACUUCACAAACCACUGCACCUGAUGCUCCUGUUGAUCAUGAAGUGGAGGACGUGGGAGAAACUUCCAUCAUGAUCAGCUGGGAAAAACCUCUGGCUCCCAUCACUGGCUAUCGUGUCAUCUACACGCCAUCGAUAGAAGGUGAAAGCACCGAGCUGACUCUCCCCGACACGGCAACAUCUGUUACCCUGAGUGACCUUCGACCUGGGAGGUUGUACAACAUCAGUAUCUACGCUGUGGAGGACAGCCUGGAGAGUGAGCCUAUCUUCCUACAAGUCAACACCGCUGGAGAUCCACUGCCAGAUGAAGUGGUCUCUCCUACAGACCUGCAGUUCUUUGAGGUGACGGAUAAAAAAAUCGUCCUGACCUGGUCCGGCCCAACCGGCGACGUCUCAGGUUACCGGGUCACCGUUGUCCCCAUUGAUGAGUCUGGUUCUGCACAGACAGAGAUGACUCUGCCUGUCAGUCAGAACUCCUAUAUUGAGGUGACUCACCUACAGCCUGGAACACUGUACCGCUUCAACGUCUACUCCAUUCACAGCGGAGAGGAAAGUUUACCGCUCAUUGGGGAGCAAACUACAAAGCCUGACGCUCCCACAGAUAUUCAUUUCGCCAACGUGACAGAGGACAGUGCCGUGAUGAUGUGGUUUGCCCCCCGUGCAAAGAUCACUGGCUACCGGCUCUUCCUCACCGUUGAGGGCUCGAACCCCAAACAGCUGCGUCUGCCUGCCCGCCUUUCUCAGUACACUCUCCUCAACCUGAAGCCUGACACCAAGUACUCUGCUACAUUACAUUCAGAGCAAGAGAACACACUGAGCGAAGGAGAGACUGCUGUAUUUACCACGAACCCGCCGAUGGGCAAUGCUCCUCAUUUCAGCACUGAUGUGACCGACACCUCCAUUAUAAUCUCCUGGACUCCAGUUCCCCGCGUUGGAUACAAGCUGACAGUACGUCCCAGUCAGGGCGGAGAAGCCCCCAGAGACGUGACCUCUGACUCAGGGAGUAUAUACAUUUCCGGUCUGACUCCAGGGGUGGAGUACACCUACAGCGUCCAGCCAGUCGUAAACGGCCAUGAGCAGGGAACCCCAAUCACACGCCGCGUUGUCACACCUCUGUCUCCUCCAACUGAUCUCAACCUCGAGUCUAACCCUGGUACUGGAGAGCUCAUAGUCCAGUGGAACGGGGCCAGUACACCAGACAUCACUGGCUACAAAGUGACGUGCACCCCCACCAGUGGGCAGCAAGGAAACAGUGUGGAGGAGUUUGUGGAGGCAGGCCAGAACUCCUGCACCCUGGACAACCUCAGUCCUGGUGUGGAGUACAACGUCAGUGUUGUCACUGUUAAGGACGAUAUGGAGAGCACUCCUAUAUCAACCACCAUUACACCAGAUGUCCCACAGCUGAAGGACCUCACCUUCGAGGACGUGAGCGAUACCACCAUCAGUCUCCGCUGGACUCCGUUCAACACCACGGCCGUCACAGGUUACAAGAUCACCGUGGUGGCAGCCGGAGAGAGUGUGCCCAUCUUUGAGGACAUGGUCAUGUCGACAACCGGUCACUACACUGUCUAUGGACUGGAGCCUGGCAUCGACUAUGACAUUAGUGUGACCACUGUGACGGAGAACGGCAAGAGCGAGCCCGUCACAGUCACUCAGCAGACCUCUGUUCCAGCCCCCACUGAUUUGAGAUUCGGCCAGGUUGGAUCAGACAGUAUGGAAGUGUCCUGGGCGUCUCCCCGCGUCCCGAACAGUGCCAACAUCAACAACUACCUCAUCAGAUAUCAUCCCAUUGACGAUGAAGAUGACAUCACGGAAACCGGCGUAGCGGACGGCAGUAACAGAGUGGUGCUAAGGAACCUGCUGCCUAACACAGAGUAUCUGGUGAGCGUGGUGUGUGUUUAUGAGCAGAGGGAGAGCUCACCUGUUGUCGGCACUCAGAAAACAGCUCUCGAUUCACCGGUUGCCCUGCGUUUCUCUGAGAUCUUCACCAACUCCUUUACCAUCCACUGGCUGGCUCCCCAGAGCAAAAUCACCGGUUACCGUAUCCGCUACCAAAUGGUCAGUGGCGGGAGGGCCAAGGAUGAGAGACUGCCCCCCUCCAGGAACCACUUCACCCUGACAGGACUCACUCCAGACACGGAGUACUUGGUCAACAUCUACGCAGUGAGCCGGACUGAAGAGAGCCUACCGCUCAGUGGGAAGCAGAAGACAAUCUCUGACGCACCAACAGACCUGGAAGUGCUAGACUCCACCCCCACCAGUAUCACCGUCCGUUGGGACGCUCCACCUGUCACUGUGCGUUACUACAGGAUCACUCAUGGAGAGACAGGAGGUCAUAGCAAUCCUAAAGAGUUCACUGUGCCUGGCUCUCAGUCCACUGCCACAAUCACCAACCUGAAGCCUGGCACUGACUACAUCAUCACUGUUUAUGCUGUGACCGGCAGAGGAGACAGCCCCGCGUCCAGCACUCCAAUCUAUGUCACACACAGGACAGGUGUUGAGUCUCCCUCUGAAAUGGAGGUGAUGGACGUGAAAGACAACAGCGUCACAGUGAGGUGGAGCCCAGCUCAGGGCCCGAUCAAGGGAUACAGGGUCACCGGGGUCCCCAGAAAUGGUCAGGGACCAUCUUUCACUGAGGUGGUGGCUCCAGACCAGACUGAGAUUACUUUCUCAGGACUGAUGCCCACAGCUGAGUACAUUCUGAGUGUGUACGCUCUUGGACAAGAUGGAGAGAGCUCUCCAGUGGUAGUGAAUGCUUUAACAAAUGUCGACCAUCCCAAGGACCUGUCCUUCUCCGACAUCGACUCCACUUCGCUGCGGAUCACCUGGGACAGUCCUGAGGGAAUUGUCACAUCUUAUCGGGUUCUGUACUCAAGUCCGGAGGAGGGUGAAAGAGAGAUGCGCCCUGCUCCUCGAGGAGAUGCGGAGUCAGCUGUUAUUUAUGGUCUGCAACCUGGCACUGAAUACACUGUGAAGGUCAUCGCUCUGCAUGAUGACACAGCCAGCACACCACUGGUGGGGACACAAGCUACAGCCAUCUCACCGCCCACCAACCUCCAGUUCUCCCAGGUUGGCCCUACCUCUUUCACUAUGCGCUGGGCUGUGCCUGGUCAGGAAAACCGACUGACUGGCCUGAAAGGUCUCACAGGCUACCGUGCAGUAGUGAACCCUAAGAACAAGAGCGGUCCUACCAAGGAGAUCAACUUGGCCCCAGACACCACCCAGGCACACAUCUCUGGACUCAUGGUUGCAACUACCUAUGAAGUCAAUGUUUAUGCUUUGAAAAACUCUCUGACCAGCAGGCCACUCCAAGGGGAGGUCAUCACUCAGGAGAAUAUCAGCCCCCCUCGUCGCGUACGCAUCUCUGACGUUAACGACUCUUCCAUCACUCUGACUUGGCGCUCAAAGACAGAAAGCAUCUCUGGCUUCCUGGUUGAGGCCACACCCACCUCGUCCUUUACGGGCUACAUACCCAUUCAGAAGACCAUCAGCCCUGACUUGCGUUCAUAUUCCAUUACAGGUCUAGAGCCAGGCACCACUUACAAGAUCAACAUCUAUACACUGAAAGGGAACGGACGCAGUGCACCACUCACACUCACCGCCACAACAGCCAAACCAGUUGUCAUCCCACCCACCAACAUCCACUUCACAUCCCUGAACCCUAACAGUAUCUCUUUCACCUGGGAGCCCUCACGCAGUCCAGGGGUUACUGGGUAUUAUGUCACCUAUGAGGAAGCUGGCGGUUUGCCUCGAGAACUUAUACCCAGACCCCAUGCAAGCCAGAGCUACGCCAUUAUCAAUGGUCUGAAACCAGGAACGGAGUAUGUCAUUAAGAUUGUCGCACUGCAGAAUGCUUUGAGAAGUACACCUCUAGUGGGCAAAGCCAGAACACAGCCAACUUUAGAUCAUCAGCUAUUGGUCCCUGAGCUGCCGCAGCUUCCUGUUCCUCACCGACCCAGAACCGACAUACUGGAUGUUCCAGAAUCCUUCAAUGAAAAAAUUUUCGACUCCAACCACGUUCACUUGGCUGGUACUAGUGGGCAGAGCCAACCAGGCCAGCAGGGCCAGCACAUCUACACAGAGUAUCAGAACCUAGGCCCUAACAAUGGACUUCACGGCCCAUAUGGUGGACCCAAAGAAGGCCAGAGACCGACUCUCAGAGAACCGCUGGUUUAUAUUCCUGUAGCAGGCCCUGAUGGGAACAGAGUGCCUUUGGUCAAGGUGAGCGACGGUCCUCUGUCAGGCCUUGCGUUUGGUUUCCCCGACAACGAAACCGAAUUGCCUCAAGAAGCACAGACGGUCACAACCAUUUCCUGGCAGACCAUUCCUCAGACCUCAGAGUAUGAGGUUUCCUGUAACCCAAUUACACACCUGGAGGAACAAGGCUUCCAGAUGCGGCUUCCUGGAACCUCCAACAGUGCCACACUGAUUGGAUUGACAUCUGGAGCUUCCUAUAACGUCGUAGUAGAGGCCAUGAGAGGCGGGGCAAAAGAGAAGGUUUUGGAGGAAGUUGUGACUGUUGGCAAUGCUGUUCCAGGUGACAUCCCCUUUACCACCAACCGGGAUGUGUGUUAUGACACGUUCACACAAACCUACCAUGAGGUGGGCUCUGAGUGGGAGCGCAUGUCUGAGACAGGCUUCAAGCUGUGGUGCCGCUGCCUGGGGCUUGGCAGUGGCCAUUUUAGGUGUGAUUCAUCCAAAUGGUGUCAUGACAACGGUAAUAAUUACCGCAUUGGUGAGAAGUGGGAUCGCCAUGCUGAGAACGGUCACAUGAUGAGCUGCACCUGCCUGGGCAACGGCAAGGGAGAAUUCAAAUGCGAACCCCACGAGUCGACUUGUUAUGACGAUGGAAAAAUGUACCAGGUGGGAACCCAGUGGCAGAAGGAAUACCUGGGCGCCAUCUGUACCUGUACCUGCCAUGGAGGACAACAGGGCUGGCGCUGUGAGAACUGCAGAAGACCAGGAGGCCAGACUGAUGUGGAUGCUGACCUCCUUCAACCUGUACGUUCAGGUGCCUUCGACCGGUACAGAGAAAACGCUCUACGUAAACUGAACAUCCAGUGUCCGAUUGAGUGUUUGAGGCCGGAGCUGCUCGCAGACGCUCACAGCCCUUCAGAGUAGAGAAGAGGGGGAGUGUGAGUAAAGGAGGAUGAAGAAGUGAGACCCCUCGCAGCGUCGCUACCACUUCAAGAAGGAAGCCUCCUCCCGCUUUCCUUAAAAGAACACAUUUUGAUCAGAUCUGUGCCUUAAAGGUCUUCCUCUCACCAAAUUCAAGUGCCUUCACAAGACUAUUUUCCACACCAACCUCUGUGCCGUUUCAAAGAUCCAACUUGGCUGUGAUCCUUUCUCGUUUAGUAGAAACGAGGAUUCCUUCUUCGUAAUUUUUGACAUCAGUUUGUCAGAGCACAAAUCCUGCUGCUUUAUCACUUAAACCUGCCUACCCAAACAUACUGUGGACACACACACACACAAGAUGCAGUAUUGUUGGGUAUUUUUACUGUUGCAUUGCGACAUCUUACUUUGCCUGAGACAAAACACACCACUUUAAAUGUCUUUUUUUCUAUAUAUAUAUAGUUAUGUUCCCUGUUAAUAACUGUUGCCACGUUUGUUGCAUUUCCCGUGAUUUUGAGUCUCACUGUGACUAAUAUAUAGUUUUAAAAUAAAAAGAUUUAGUUAAUGAUACAAUGCAUUUUCUGGGUCCUUAGACAUCUAGACAAAGGAAUUUCAAAGCCAUACAGUAUUUCCAGUGUGGCCUCAGACCUAAAGAGAUAUGACAGUGACAGUAAGAUUUGUAAUGAAGGGAUUAUAGGUGUAAAAGCCUUACAAAGCUAAGUGUCCUGUCUGUCUCCCCAUGGUCAUGGCUGAUGAGCAGAGCAACAGGUGACCAAGACAGCAAACUUUCCUUGAGAAGAUAAGCACUGUUACUUUUUGGUUGGUAUUAAAAGAAAUGUCCCCUUGCCAUUUUUACAGAAUUGGCCCUUGAAGUCACCAAAGAGAUAUUUAGUGAUUUGUAAUGCGGGUGUCUUUACAAUUGCAUUGCAAACCUAUGAGAUCUAUAAAGCAAAAGCUGACUGACCAAAAGUUAAACUGUUAUUUCAAAGAUGUAUUGAAAAAUUCACAGUUGUUUCCAAGUGAAAUAUGUUAAUUACAUAAAUGUUUUUUUUUCUUUUAUUUAUCCCUUUUUAUUCCAGCAUUUUGUUUAAUGCUUUUUUUGGGGUGUAUACUUUAUUUUUGAUUAACUUGUUUUUAUAUUUUUGGUGCCAAAAUCUGAACUACUGUGGACUGAAUCUUUUUAAUAAACUGAAAAAAAGCCAA